UGGCCGGGCACAUUCAAAAUGGCGGAGUGUGGAGCGAGCGGCAGCGGGAGCAGCGGGGACAGCCUGGACAAGAGCAUCACGCUGCCCCCCGACGAGAUCUUCCGCAACCUGGAGAACGCCAAGCGCUUCGCCAUUGACAUUGGGGGCUCGCUGACCAAGCUGGCCUACUACUCCACCGUGCAGCACAAAGUGGCCAGAGUGCGGUCCUUCGACUACUCGGGCAAGGACGCAGAGCAGGACCACGAGCCGCCCUACGAGGUCUCUGUGCAGGAGGAAGUCACCGCCCGGCUGCAUUUCGUCAAGUUCGAGAACACCUACAUCGAAGCCUGCCUGGACUUCAUCAAAGACCACCUCGUCAGCACAGAGACCAAGGUCAUCCAGGCCACCGGGGGCGGGGCCUACAGGUUCAAGGACCUCAUCGAAGAAAAGCUGCAGCUGAGAGUGGACAAGGAGGACGUGAUGACAUGCUUGAUAAAAGGCUGCAACUUCGUGCUGAAGAACAUCCCCCAUGAGGCCUUUGUGUAUCAGAAAGAUUCCGACCCCGAGUUCCGAUUCCAGACCAAUCAUCCCAACAUCUUCCCGUAUCUGCUGGUCAACAUCGGUUCUGGAGUCUCCAUCGUGAAGGUGGAGGCCGAGGACAGAUUCGCGUGGGUCGGCGGCAGCUCCAUCGGGGGCGGCACCUUCUGGGGACUUGGGGCUCUGCUCACCAAAACGAAGAAGUUCGACGAGCUGCUGCACUUGGCCUCCAAGGGCCAGCACAGGAACGUGGACAUGCUGGUGCAGGACAUCUACGGCGGGGCCCACCGGACCCUGGGGCUGGGAGGCAGCCUCAUCGCCAGCAGCUUCGGGAAGUCAGCCAUGGCCGACAGAGAGUUCUCCAAGGAGGACAUGGCCAAGAGCCUGCUGCACAUGAUCAGCAACGACAUCGGGCAGCUCGCCUGCCUCCACGCCAGGCUGCACGCCCUCGACAGGGUGUAUUUUGGCGGCUUCUUCAUCCGCGGCCACCCCGUCACCAUGCGCACCAUCACCUACAGCAUCAACUUCUUCUCCAAGGGGGCGGUCCAGGCGCUGUUCCUGAGACACGAGGGCUACCUGGGAGCCAUCGGAGCGUUUCUUAAAGGAGCAGAACAAGACAACCCUAACCAGUACAGCUGGGGAGAGAACUACGCAGGCAGCUCCGGGCUGAUGAGCUCGUCCCCAGAGCUCUGCCCGACACAGAGGGCCAGGAGCGGCACCUUUGACUUGCUGGAGAUGGACCGGCUGGAGCGGCCGCUGGUCAACCUGCCCCUCCUUCUGGACCCUUCUUCCUACGUGCCUGACACGGUCGACCUGACGGACGACGCGCCAGCCCGCAAGUACUGGCUCACCUGCUUCGAGGAGGCCCUGGAUGGGGUGGUGAAGCGUGCCGUGGCCAGCCAGCCAGGCUCAGCGGACGCGGCCGAGAGGGCCGAGAAGUUCCGGCAAAAGUACUGGGGCAAACUGCAGACGCUGCGGCAUCAGCCGUUCGCCUACGGGACCCUAACCGUGCGCAGCCUUUUGGACACGAGGGAGCACUGUUUGAACGAGUUCAACUUCCCAGACCCCUACUCCAAAGUCAAGCAGAAGGAAAAUGGAGUCGCGCUAAAGUGUUUCCCGAGGGUGAUCCGCUGUCUGGACGCCUUGGGCUGGGAGGAGAGGCAGCUGGCCCUGGUGAAGGGGUUGCUGGCGGGGAACGUCUUCGACUGGGGAGCGAAAGCCGUCUCUGACGUUCUCGAAUCUGACCCCCAGUUCGGCUUCGAGGAGGCGAAGAUGAAGCUGCAAGAGCGGCCGUGGCUCGUGGACUCCUACAGCAAGUGGCUUCAGAGGCUGAAGGGGCCCCCUCACAAAUGUGCCUUAAUUUUCGCAGAUAACAGUGGAAUAGACGUCAUUUUGGGAGUCUUCCCCUUUGUCAGGGAGCUUCUCUCUAGAGGGACGGAGGUCAUCCUGGCGUGCAACUCGGGACCUGCCUUGAACGACGUCACCUACUGCGAGUCCCUCAUCGUGGCCGAGCGCAUCGCGGCCAUGGACCCCGUCGUCCACUCGGCGCUCAGGGAGGAGAGGCUGCUGCUGACACAGACGGGCUCCAGCUCCCCGUGUCUGGACCUCAGCCGCCUGGACAAGGGACUUGCCGUGCUGGUCCGGGAGCGAGGCGCGGACCUGGUGGUGAUAGAGGGCAUGGGCCGCGCCGUCCACACCAACUACCACGCGGCCCUGCGCUGUGAGAGCCUCAAGCUGGCCGUCAUCAAGAACUCCUGGCUGGCCGAGCGGCUGGGCGGCCGGCUCUUCAGCGUCAUCUUCAAGUACGAGGUCCCAGCCGAGUGAGGCGCCAGCCCCGCUGGGCAGCUCUGCUCGGCGCUUGUCAGGGACGUGCUCCGACCGCAGCAGGGAAACCGAGUUCAAGCAGAGCGUUCGUGUCGCGCACCUGGGACAGGAGCCGGGGCCAGGCGUGCCCCGGCGCGAGCGUGUGCCGUCGGGUCUCUGUGAUGCUGCCACGUUCGUGCUGGGAGACGCGACUUUUGUCCAGUGAGACAUGCGUAUUGGAAUAUAUUUAACUGUGAAAUAAUCUUUUAUACACACA